AUGUCCUCUGAACCGAUUUUGAAAGCCUCAGAUAUCUCUCCGGAGCUUAAAAAUGCGGUUUUUGAAAUCAGUGCGAAAGCUGUUCGGGAGUUCAGUUUAGAAAGAGAAAUUGCUGGCGUGGUAAAGAAGGAACUGGACCUAAAACACGGUAACACUUGGCACGUCAUAGUGGGAAAAAGCUUCGGAAGCUACGUGACUCAUGAAAAAGGACACUUCGUCUACUUUUAUAUCGGACCCCUCGCUUUCUUGGUCUUCAAGACCGCUUAG